AUGGCGUCCCUACCCUACAGGUCACAUGACUCAGGCUCCGCCCUCGUGACCGCAAUCCGAGGUCGAGGCCCGGUCAGCCUUACAAUACAGCUGGACUCAGGUCCAGGCAAUCCCAGAAUUUUGAAAUGUUUGAAAAAGAUGGCAGUGCCAUCUAUUUUUGAAUGGACAAUAUCCCCCAAGACACUUGAAGUGGCUAGAAAAAGAAGGCUAUUAAAACGACAAGAAAGGACAGAAACUGUGCAACCCCACCAAGAGGACAACAUUACUGUGGUGAAAAGUGUCUUGGGCGAGGAAGGAUCAACAGUUGAAGACCCAGGAAUAUCAGAAAUGGUUGUGUGCAACCUAGACAUUGGGGCUGAAGAAAUUGUUGGUGAGUUCUGUGAAGACCCAGGUCCAGAAGUAAUAGCUAUUGGGUGCACAGAAGAGGAGACAAAUGUAUUAGAAGAAUCAGUUAAACAUUAUCUUUCAUUUAAAAGGAUAAAGGACAAUGACAAACUUGUCAAUCACUAUACUGGCUUGGACAGUACAGCAACAUUUUUUACUGUGUUUUGGUCAUUAGGGAGAGGGGUUGAUAAAUUAAAUUACAUUUAUACUCAGUCUUGUGAAUGUCUGUGUACACAUGACCAAUUUUUAUUAAUGUUGGUUAGAUUAAGGCACCAUUACCCUGUAAUUGAACUUGCUAGAAUGUUUGAUAUUUCCAGUUUUACUGUUCAAAAUAUAUUUAUUACAUGGAUUAAUUUUUGUGCUAUUCAGUGGGGGGAUAUAAAUAUGUGGCCUAAAAGGAGUUUGGUAAAAAAAUUUUGUCCUUCUGAUUUUAAAAGAAAAUUCCCUACAACUAGAGUAAAUUUAGAUGGUAAAGAAAUCCCAAUCCAAAUUCCUUCCAACCCACGCUCUCAGAGAGCUACAUUUUCCACUUAUAAGCAUAGAAAUACAGUUAAAGUUCUUGUAGGAUGUACUCCAGGUGGACUCGUUUCCUACAUCUCAGAUGCCUAUGGAGGCUCAGCAUCAGAUAGACAAUUAGUCGAGAGAAGUAGAAUUAUUGAUCUGUGUAAUUCAGGGGACUCUAUAAUGGCAGACAAAGGUUUCAACGUUCAGGAUUUAUUUGCUAGGAAAGAUGUAACUUUAAAUAUUCCAAGAUUCUUCAAGAAAAAAAAUAGGCUUCACCCACUAACUGUUAUUCGAGAUAGAUUUAUUUCAAGCAAAAGGGUUCAGGUUGAAAGGAUUAUUGGCAUGCUGUCUAAUGUCAGACAAAAUGUGCUAAAGUGGUGA